UCCCCAUCAAUCGUGGCCACGCAUCUUUCAUAGAUUCCAAUGGCUGCCAGCGAGUCUUCCCGAUACCUGGCAAGGUCGUUGCCACGGGCUUUGGCCCAAAAUGCUCGUCCUCUGGGCUUCUGUUGGCGUCGCAAUGCCUCCAACCGAGCCGCUGACUUGGGCGAUCUGGAGUCGGACGGCUCUCUAGCAACGGCACCCGUGUCGGAGGAGACGGUGAAAUCAUACGAUCCUAUCGCGAAUUCCAAAGGGCGGAAGAAGCAGCUUCCUCGGAGUCGAUAUCAAUUCCGUUCGCCCAAAUACAACCGUGGGCCGUUACAUCCUCACCAACCUCCUCCUGAAUCCGACCCCUCCUCUCGACUAUACGUUCCGGGCCCAUUCAUGCUGCCCAGAACCGAGCAGACGUGGCAGUCGACCGUCGCGUCCGACAUUCUCACCCUCUGCUACGUCCACAACCCACCCGGCUUCAAGCCGCCGCCCAAGGCGCCCCGUCUGCGCUCCUGGGACGACAGCUCGCCCUACCACAAGAACCGUCAGCUGCGCGGGCCUCGCGGCGGUGACGUCCUGCGCCUUCUCCGCAAACCCAUCACCUUCAACAACAUCCCCAAGCUCGACCGCAUCACCAUCCACAGUUACGUCAAGGGAGCGGCGCAGGAGCACUCGGGCUGGAUUCACGUGGCCGGCAUGGCCGUGCAGGCUAUCUCGAACGCGCGCGUCUCGACCUUUAAGUCCCGGACGAGUGUCGCGACGUGGGGGAUCGCGCCGGGUCGCGACACCGUCGCCGUCAAGGCCGAGCUCCGCGGCGAGGACAUGCACCAUUUCUUCGGAAAGCUGGUCGACGUCGUCUUGCCCAAGGUCAAGGACUGGGAGGGUGUUAAGGGAACCAGCGGUGACAGCAGCGGCAACAUCACUCUUGGUUUGGAACCGGCUCAUGUCGCUCUCUUCCCGGAGAUCGAGGUGAACUACGAUAUGUACCCCCCGAGAAUGAUCCCCGGUGCGCACAUCACCAUCCACACAACCGCCGACACCGACAAGGAUGCCCGUCUCCUUCUCAGCGCCAUGGGAGUCCCAUUCCACGGCAAACUGGUGGACUAAAUUAGAAGAGGAAAGGAAAGAUCACACGCACGCAUUGCGCAUUGUAUACAAGAGCGGGAAGAAAUUUUCAUGCCACACUGAUUGAUCCGUGUCAUCUUUUCCCCAUUUUUCUUUUUUCCUUUAGCUUCUCUUUUUGUAUCCCCCUUUUUAGUCCUAUUCAUCAACACAUGUAAAAUACACUCUGAUGUUCCUCCGAUUUGCACAGACAGACAGACAGACAGACAGACAGACAGACA